AGCGGCGCAGAGACGCAACCAAAGCGCUGAUUAUCGCGGACGCAGCGUUUACGCGCAGGCGACGCAUAGAGUGGAUUUACUCGACACCUGCAUGGGGAAACGCUGAGGCUUUAUUUCUUUUUUUCCUCUGUCCUCUGCUGGGGACCAACUGGUAAUUGUAAUGGAACUGAAUCUUUCGAAGAAUGUGAUUUCUUGUGGGGACCAAGGUGGGAUGAAUUUGGACAGAAUCGCAGAGGCAGUGAGAGCCCCGCCGGCCCGCGACGUGGCCCCCGCGUUUCAUUUACCGAGAACUUCAAACAGCAGUCGAGAAACUUUAGAGAACUCAAGCAGCGAGUCUUCAGACACAGAGUUGGCAGAAAAGGAGAGGAGCGCCGAACACAGGAGUGAUGACGGGAACGCGGACGAUCCCAAGAAGAAGAAGCAGCGGCGGCAGCGGACUCACUUCACCAGCCAGCAGCUGCAGGAGCUGGAAGCCACUUUCCAGAGGAACCGCUACCCGGAUAUGAGCACCAGGGAGGAAAUCGCCGUGUGGACCAACCUGACCGAGGCCAGAGUCCGGGUGUGGUUCAAAAACCGUCGGGCUAAGUGGAGGAAGCGAGAGCGCAACCAGCAGAUGGACCUGUGCAAGAACAGCUACUUGCCGCAGUUCAGCGGACUCAUGCAACCUUACGAAGACAUGUACCCGACGUACACCUACAACAACUGGACCAACAAGGGCCUCACCCCGGCGCCGCUGUCCACCAAGAACUUCACCUUCUUCAACUCCAUGAGCCCCCUCACCUCGCAGUCCAUGUUCCCGGCGCCCAACUCUAUCUCCUCCAUGACCAUGGCCUCCGGUAUGGGCCACUCCGCCGUGCCGGGCAUGCCCACCCCGGGCCUCAAUAACAUCAGCAACCUGAACGGGAUCGGCACGUCCGGCAUCAACUCAGCCAUCUCGUCGUCCGCGUGUCCGUACGGGCCUCCCGGCUCUCCUUACAGCGUUUACCGGGACACUUGCAAUUCCAGCCUGGCCUCCCUCAGACUCAAAUCCAAACAGCAUCCAACAUUUGGAUACAGCAGCCUCCAAAGCCCCGGGUCGAGCCUGAACGCCUGUCAAUACAACAGCUGACGGGCCAAAAGCGCGGCCUAUGUUACAUAAAUAAAUAAAUAUGUGAUAAACGGACACCGUUUCAAGAGCAUUCAGGCUACCUGCGGAUAGGGAAAAAUCUAAGACAACUAAACUGGAUUAGUUGCAAUCAUUUUCAAAAAAAAUAAAAAUAAGAGGAAAACAUGGAUUAUGCGGGUUAUGUGUUUACCAAUGAACUUGCACAGCAAUUGAAAUGUCUUUCAAUUGUCUUUCAUUUUCAUGUUUUUUUUUAAAAGAUGAAGACGUGUUACAUUGCUGCAUUGUACAUAUAAAUGUAAAUAUAUACAGGUCUAACAUAUAAAACAGACGAUGGGAUUUUUUCUUUUUGUUGCUUGCUUGCUUUUGAAGACUGACUGGGAGGGGGGGGGGGUCUCGAGUUAACAAAGAUUUGCAACAAAACAAAGUUUCGAGCAUAUCAUGAACUCAAUACGAGAAAAGAAAUUGAACCUAUAUUGUACAUAUUUUAUACUGCUUGUGUGUGCUUUCUAUUUACCGUUAACGCAGGGUACCACCGACCCGUUCAACUCCAUGAUGCCUCCCGUUCAGUGAAUUUUAUUUUGAAAUGUGUUUUUGUUUUGCUGAAACAGAAAAUCGCCGCAUGUUUAAAGUUGAGUGCAACGUGUUUUGUACAAUUAUGUAAGACUUUGCAGAAGUUCAUAGCCUAAACUGUAUACAAAAGUCGAUUCAAAGUCCUCAUGUGUUUAUGGUAACAUGUUUGUUUGAAUAAACUCCAGGAAAAAGGUUUAUUUCAAGUA